AUGCAAAGCAUUAGAAAUUCCAUCUUGUGGCAUGUGAGGGUAGGGAGUUCAGCCGAAAAAUGGUUGCUCACUGAAAGAGGAAUUGUGCUGAAAUCUCUGAGCCGCCACAUGUGUGCCGCAACAGGUACUACCAGCACUGAUCAGAUAAUGGACCGAGUGAUUGGACUCGUGAAGAAAUUUGAUAAAAUUGAUGCAUCUAAGGUUACUGAAACAGCUGACUUCCAGAAGGACUUAAGCCUGGAUAGUUUGGACAGGGUGGAGCUUGUUAUGGCCUUUGAGGAAGAAUUCUCCAUUGAAAUCCCUGAAGAGAAAGCAGAUAAGCUGACCUGCUGCGCUGAUGUUGCAAGAUACAUAGUUUCUGGAGCUGAGCAGAAGAGUGUUUAA